AUGACAUCCUGCAACAUUUCCUACGACGAAAUUCUCUCCUCCCUCUUCGAAGUCGCCAAGCGCGCCGGCACCACCAUCAUCCACGCAACCAACACUUCCACCUCCACCUCCACCACCUCCACCACCGCCUCCACAAAACUCAACUCCGCCGACCUCGUCACCGAAACCGACAAAGCCGUCGAGAAGCUCAUUUCCACCACCUUACUGUCCAAAUACCCGACCUUCAAGUUCAUGGGUGAAGAGACCUACACGCCCGGGACAGCCCUCACCGAUGCACCAACAUUCAUCGUCGACCCUAUCGAUGGAACAACGAACUUCGUCCACGGCCAUCCGUACGUCAGUGUCAGUCUUGGGUUUGCGCUGAAGCGUGUCCCUGUGGUUGGAGUGGUGUUUAAUCCGUUCACGGGGAUCAUGUACUUCGCUACUCAAGGGAGUGGAGCGUGGAAGAAAGUGCUCGAGCCGUGUGAGACGGAGGAGGGGAAGAGGGAUUGGAGGAUCAGACAGGAGAAGGUUCAGUUACCUGUUCGUGAACCAGCGCCUUUUACGGGAUUAGACGGGACGAUGGUCGCGGUGGAAUGGGGCAGUGAUCGAAGCGGAAGCAAUUGGCAGACGAAGAUUAAUACGUGGAAUCGGCUGGGGAGGUCGAAGGAGGAAGGUGGUGCAAUGGUGCAUUCGGCGAGGUGUUUGGGUUCUGCGGCAUUGAAUCUCUGUGCGGUUGCGGAGGGACAUGUGGAUAUCUACUGGGAGGGUGGAUGUUGGGCGUGGGAUGUCUGUGCUGCGUGGGUCAUUUUGACGGAGGCGGGAGGGAUUAUGGUUGAUGGUAAUCCACCUGAAGAUGGGGUGAAUGGGAACUGGGAUAUCGAGAUCACACAUCGGAAAUAUCUUGCGGUAAGAGCGGCGCCGAGUGGUCAGAGAGAAACUGUGAAGGAGUUUUGGACAGUAAUAGAAGGAAGGAUGGAGUAUGAGCAUUGA